AUGCCGGAAAAGAAAAGCGACUCGACCCUUGUUGAUAACCGACCGCAGAGAGACCAAACCCUAAAUCCGACGAAAUCAAGGCCGACAGCUUUGUGGCCGCAUCGGGAGAUUGAAAUAACCGUAGGAAGAUUUCGGUUUCCGGCAGCUAUCUCUCUCCUCCGACGCACCAAUCCACCACAAGCCUCUCAGAAAGUUAGUCCUCCGACGGCACGGAUCGACGAUUUCCAGUUUAGGCGUACAUCGUUGCAAACAGGCGGUGUGAAAUCGUUAAUCGGGUCUUUACAUGGAGUUGCUUCAAUGGAGAAAGACAACAAAACCAAGAAUGGUUUAGAUGUAGGAGAAGAAUCAGAUAGAGAGAAAGGAAUGAAAUUACAUAUUCAUAUUCCUGAUGGUUUACCAAAAUCUGAACAAGAAUUGGAGGAAGAAGAGAAAUCGAAAAUGCCGGAUUCCGCUUUCACUAGAUUGCUUAGAACUAAAGGAACUAUCCCUGCUUGGUUCUCUCAUGCUCCGGAUCACGAAGCAGCCCUUGGAUACAAUGAUUUUGAAGGUCAGGUCCCUCCUGAGCUUUUCAAGAAGGAUCUCGAUGCCAUUUUCUUGAACAACAACAGAUUCACAUCUACCAUUCCUGAUUCCCUCGGAGAAUCCCCAGCCUCCGUUGUGACCUUUGCUCACAACAAAUUCAGCGGUUGUAUCCCUAGAAGUAUUGGAAACAUGAAGAAUCUCAACGAGAUUAUCUUUAAGGACAACAGUCUUGGCGGUUGUUUCCCAUCAGAGAUCGGGAAGCUAGCUAAUGUGAACGUGUUUGACGCUAGCCUGAACUCCUUCACCGGUGUUCUACCCCCAAGCUUUGUCGGGCUUACCAGUUUAGAAGUGUUUGAUAUCUCUGGGAAUAAACUCACUGGGUUCAUGCCAGAGAAUAUCUGCAAGUUGCCUAAAUUGGUUAACUUGACGUACGCCUACAAUACUUCAACAAGAUCAGGGUCGUGA